AUGGGUGGAUAUAAUGGCGGACAGGAGGAUUGGGUUUUUGUGGGUUACUAUUCAUAUGAGAAGGGCUUUGAUUUUGACGUUGUUAAGGAUACCAACCCUGUUACUGAAAAACCAGAGCUAAAAGAUUCUAAAAGCAAUCCAAACCCAGUUGGUGCUCCCUUCAAGGAGGAGAAAAUAGAAGACAACAAUAACUCUUCAGAUCCUCAUGUUUUUGAACUCAUGAAACAUGUGAGUUCAAGUCCAAUGCCUCGAUCCCCCCAUUACAACUUGGGGACUGAGAAAGACAUAGAUAACUCAUCAGAAUGCCCUUUGUUCUCAAGGGUGGCAACAAGCAACUGGUCACAUUCCACCUCCAAUUCCAAUGAAGUAGGAGUGUCUCAAAUGAUGGAUUUUGACUUUGAUCAGGGUUUAAUAGAUUUGUACUCAGAGCUUAUUGCACAAAUUAACCCUGAUGACUUUCUGGAUUUGGAAUUUGAGUUUGCAGAAGAGCUAGAUGCAGAAGGAAGAAGAGAGCUCUCAGAGGCAUUAACUUGGAGGGAUGACUUUCUCGAACUGAAAAUGUAUUUGGAGAGGGAAUGGAUCUGA